AAGAGAAGAAGCAAAGCCUCUUACUUUACCAGAAAACACAAAUCACCUCAUUAUGGGCCUUCCACCACCAACCGAACCAACUCCUCCAUAUGAAGAAACGGAACCGACUAGCCGCCACAAUCACACCUACUCAACUCUCACUCAAGCCAUCGAUGACCCCGAAAUCCAACUCCCAUCAUUCCACGAACUUGAUCAUGGCGACGGGCCUACCACAUCCUUGAUUCCGGGCGCUACCCCUCAAGAGCACUCACACUGCGAAGUGUGCGAGCGGAUCAUAAAUCGGCGAGAGAGACGACAAGCCCAUGCAGACUGCUGUCGGAUAGUAGCCAUGGUAUUUGUGGUUAUGUUUGUGUGUAUGAUGAUACUGGGGAUAGUUAUAGCCAAGGCGGCAUCGAGACGGAAAUGAUGGGUACUCUGUCUUCAUUUUAGAGGAGUAUAUAAGCGUAUAUACUGGAGGAAUGACCCUUGGGCUGUUGUUGUACAAACAGGACGGAGUGAUAUCUAGUAGAGAG